AUGUAUGUGUGUUUAAGUGGCUGCAAGAAUGGAUUUAAGGCAGGAUGUCGUCCACUCAUUGGACUUGAUGGUGCUUUCCUAAAAACUGUCUUUGGAGGGCAGAUUCUAUCAGCUAUUGGGCAGGAUACAAACCACCACAUAUAUGUCAUUGCUUGGGCAAUUAUGGAAGUUGAAAACACUGCCAAUUGGAAAUGGUUUCUGGAACUAUUGCACGUAGAUUUGGGAGAUUACAAGACACAUGGUUGGUGUUUCAUAUCUGAUAUGCAAAAGGGACUCAUAAAUGCUCUAAGAGGCUUGCUGUGGGAUUGUGCACGAGCCACAACCUUUGAGGAAUUCAGGGAACAUAGGAAAAAGUUGAAGCGGCUUAAUCCGGAGGCAUGGGCAUACCUAGAAAAGUGGUCAACACAUUCUUGGACAAGAUCUCAGUUCAGUCACAAGCCAAAGUUAGACUCAAUAUGUAACAAUGCGUGCGAAGUAUUCAACGCAAAGAUUAAGGAAGCUAGGAAGAAGCCUAUAAUCACACUACUGGAAGAGGUUAGGAUGUUCGUAAUGAGGACGAUGGCCAAAAAUAAAGUGAAGUUGGAUAAUCAUGUGGGGAUACUUCCCCCAGUGAUCAAUAGCAAACUGGAGAAGUUAAGGAAGGAAUCUAGGCAAUGA